UUCUUAUUUAUAAAAUUAAUUUCAGCACUUAAAAAUAUUUUUUAAUAUUUCAAACCUAUCUAACUAUUUAUCAUCAACUAAAUCAAACGAUCUCAUUAUUUCACGCAUAAAAGCGGAAAGUCUUUCUUUUGUCCUGUCUUUCUUUUAGGCUGUCUUUAUCAUUUUUCUUGGGAAAAAGAAAAUAUGGACUUUGACUUGUUAAUAUUGCAGAGGAAAAAAAGGCUGUGUACGAAAAUUAAAUGUUUAUGAGAGAAUUUCAAGAAUAUAUAGAGGAUUAUUUGGAAAAAACACCAAACCAAGAAGGUACAUGUUUGCUGCUAGAAAUAAAUCGAUGGCAUAUUCUUUGGUUUCUCCAAACACCUUUGCUCUCAAGCUAAAAAUACACUGCAAGGUUUGUGAAAGGAAAGUGAGAAACAUGCUGCUGAAAAUCCAAGGUGUCCAUUCAGUGAAAAUUGAUGAAAAACUUGGAAAUGUAAUUAUUUCAGGCACAGUUGAUUCUGCAACAAUUCUAACCAUAUUAGAAAAACUUGGAAGAAAAGCAGAACUCCUAUGGGAGCAAGGAACUCCUGUAAACAACAGCGCGAAAAAUGUUCAGAUUAUCACACAAUCAAAAGUGAUUAAUCCGUUGAAUGAUCCGGACAUUAUGACACAACUAGAGCAAUUGUCUGGAAUUCCAGGAUUGCAAACUGUUGAGGUUACAAAAACUAUUAAGUUAACAUUUCACGGAGAAUCAAGAAAUGACUCUGCUGAUAAAAUCUUGGAGAUUAGUACUACAAACAAUAUGAAUAAACCUCAUCAGCAAGUGCUUUCACAUGAUCAUUAUUCCGAUGGUGGUGGAUUUUGCGCUGCUUCUUCAUCAUGUUGUGGUGGUCAUGCUGCUAUAAGCAGUGGCGGAGCCAGAAUUUUUACCCCUUGGGGUGGGGUGCGGCCCCUCAAUUCUCAACCUCUGCCUAUGACAGCACCACCGUGGUCGACUACUGAUACUAUUCCAUCAGCCCCUACUUUGCCAUCCGAGUAUUUUCAGGCACCGACAUCUCCACCAUCAUCAUCCUCGCCAAAGCCUUACACCUAUUACAGUGUCCUAAGCGACGAGAAUGCCAAUGGCUGCAUAAUCCAAUGAUUUGCUGCGUAAUAUGUGUGUGCGCGCGUGUGUAUGUGUUUUUCAUAUCAAUUUAUGGUUAAGGUACAAUUGUUACAAGAAAAAAACCCCCCCAAAAAAAAGAAAAAGUAAAAGGUAGAGGAAAUACAGAAAGUAGUACUUCUAGUAGUUCAUAUAAAAUCUGUGAUUGUGAUAGAUCUAUUGUUCAACUGCUGUUGUAACUACUUUGUAAAGUUUGCUCAUCAUUGUGUGAAGUUAACAUGUAUUCAGAUAUAAAUCCUUGAUCAGUUCCAUUAAUGCAUGUUUCUAUUAAAGCAAUUUAUCAACUCUAGUAAUUUGAGGUUUUAUUCUUAUGUACAA